CUGUCACAUUUUCGAACGUUUGUCAUGUGGUCUCAAUAUUAAAUGAAGAGGCAAAGCCAAGAACUUGCGUUCCGUUAGAAUAUUACAUGGAUUGAAAUGGAUAUUGAUGAAAACGAUAAUCAACAGAAACAAAGUCGACAGCAAAGUAUAGGAAAGAAACAAGUGAUUUUGUCCUGGGCGAAAGGAUGUGCAAGUAGUAGCAAAGAAGUUAUCCCUGAAAAGAGACAAAAAAUCUCGUCAGAAAAGGGCAGCUUUACUUGCUUGCAAUGCUUUGAAUUACACUUGAAAGGAAAAAGGGAUGAAAGAUAUACAUCUGUAUGCAGAACAGAUCAUUCAACUGUUCAACGUCAUAAAAAUAGAUGGCACAGCAUUCCCGGAUCGAAGUUAUGCACAAUUGUUCCAACAGCUGCAAAAGAAGUGAGUUCAUUGAAGUUAAAAUAUGCAAAACAGAACGUAUCAGAAGUCACUACACCUGAAGAAAGAAACACCAGUACAACUUCAUCACAGAUUAUUUCAAUAGACCCGGUACAUAGCACUGCAGCAGCUCAAGGCAAAAACAAUCUAGAAUUAGCUACGCCAAGCUACGAAGAAUACCUUGAUGAACUUGAAUCAAAUACUGAAAGUGAGGAAAAUAAAUUCAUGGAGGCCCUAUCACCCAUAGAGCCCCUGGAACCCCUGGAAGCAUGCAGCAACGAGCCUCAGUUGAUGACAGAAUCAAGUGACAAAGAAACAUUGGAUGGGAUAGAAAUAUCUGGAAUGGACACUCAAAGUACACUUUUAUCUUUUAGAACUGAAAAAUUAGAUGCAACAAAGAAGAACAGCACCGUAGACAUGGAUGCCAUUAUGACUGAGAUAAAUAAAUUAAGUUUAAAGGUGGAUGAUAUUGGAGCAAAGCACAGAAGCUUACAGCAGCUUGUUUUUGAAGACCCAGAGACUGGAAGGCAAGUUGCUGCAAUGAAGAAAGCCAACAAUAUCAAUGAAUUAGUUGAGGCAUCAAAGCCAAUUCAGUGGUUCUAUGAUGAGAAAAGUGGUUGUGCAGUUCUGAGAUGUUUGCCAUGUUAUGAGCUUCAUCUGAAAGCUAAGCCAACAUUAGCCGAUUUAACUCCAUUACAAGCACAGCAAAUCCUUAAUCCAAGAAGCAGUGGAACAUUUGCAACUGGAAUUUUCUUGAAAAAGGAAAUCGCGAGUCUGUUAAUCAAAGGUCAUAAUAGGACUUGGUACCGGGAAAAAAAUAUGCUAAUUGACCACAUGUGUAUCAUAGGAAACGGCUCAGAGACACAUAAAAUUGCCAUGGAAGCAUACAAGCAGGCUUUGAAAUCCAAUAAUGAAAAUGCAACAACUGCAACACAUUUAUUUAAAGCGGCUAUAGUGGAUUUGAAACUUGGUGCAGCAGCAAGAAACUUUGAAGUGUUAGUGUCUUUACUCGCAAAUUGCUCUGUAAAUGUUGGAAACAUUGGGCAUGGCAGGAAUCUGUUUAAUGACAUACUGUACUGCCUGGAAAAGUCGAUGAACAAGAAGACGGCAGAAUUCCUUAAUCAGCCACUCCCAUCAACAUUCCUUCCUCCACACUUUUGGGUUACCAUUGAUAAAGCUACACCAGCCAGAACAACAAACCAAGCAGUAUUGGUUGUCGCCAGAGAUAAGAAUGGGAUACCCUCCCCAAUACCUGUUGCAGCUCCUGCCAUUUAUACAGAAUUUACCGAUAAGCCUCAUAUGAUAUAUUGGCAUUAA